AUCGAAAGACGUCGACGAAGCAAGAUGGCGACUUUGCUGAAUGAAUUGGCGGAAAUACUACCUGCCAAUCAAACGCCGGAUCAAAGAAAACCGGACAAAUUAACGAUGUUGAAGUUGGCCACAGAUUACAUGAAGACUUUAAAUCUUAAAACGUAUGGUCCUUCCUCGAUUAACAACUGCAAAUUUGCUACUGACGCUGAACUGAAGAAGCUCAUAUUAGACGUGACGGGCGGCUUCUUAUUUGCGGUUCUGUGUGAUAGUGGGGAGGUUAUAUACGUGUCUGAGAAUGUUGGCGAAGUGUUGGGUUGUAGCCAGGCGGCAUUCUACAAUGAAAACCUUUUCAAUCUUGUACAUCCAACCGAUAUCGACGCGCUGAAACAA